CAAAUUUUAGAGAAUGGUGAUUGAGGGGCUGUAAAAUAUGUAUUUGGUCGGUUUAACUGGUGGUAUAGCAACUGGGAAAAGUACUGUUUCGCAAAUUUUUGUCGAAAAUCGAAUUCCAGUUAUUGAUGCAGAUUUAAUUGCUCGUGAAGUUGUUGCACCAGGUAAAAAUGCAUAUAAAAAGUUGCGCCAGCAUUUUGGCAAUGAAUUCUUUGAUUGCGUGAAUGGUGAAUUGUUGAGGAAAAAAUUCGGUGAUUUGGUUUUCUCUGAUGAAAAUGUUCGUCAUUUGGUGAAUUCCAUUGUACAUCCCGAGAUACGUAAAACUAUAGUACUUCGAAUUUUGCAGCAUUUUUUUCGUGGUGAAGAAUUCGUUAUUUUAGAUCUUCCAUUACUUUUUGAAGCUGGUUAUGCGAAAUUUUUGCUGUCAGUAGUAUUGGUAGAUUGUCCUGAAGAUAUUCAACUGAAACGGUUGCAACAGCGAGACAAUAUUGAUGAGGAAGCAGCUCAAAAACGGAUCAAUGCACAGCAUCCGAUGUCUGAUAAACGUCGUCGUGCAACUCAUGUUGUGGAUAAUAGUGGCACUAUGGAGGAGACACGAGCUCAAGUGCUUAAUUUAAUCCGAGAAUUCAAUGCAUCCAAACUGCAUUUAAUAGUUCGAGCUGUUCUACUAUCUGCAUUACUUACUUUCUUCACUUUAGGUUAUUUGCUGUACCAUAUUGUGCUAUUACCAUUAUUUGAUAGUUAAUCUUACCAUUGACA